CUGCAAGCAGCUACAAAUCACCACAAACUCAAAAUACUGAUCAGUCCCCACCUCAGGUUAGAUGAGUUUUAAUCCAGUACAUUAUAUAAAUUAAAUUAUUUUUUGCUCAAAACAAGGAACCUGAAUCACUGACCGGUCAGUGGGUAAACAUGUUCAAUAGGUCAUCUGUUGAUUGUCUCAUAUUAUAUUAGUUUUUGUGAUUUUAUUGUUUUCCUUUCAAUGUCAUCAGUCCCAAUGUCAUCAGUCUCAAUACCAUCAGUCUCAAUACCAUCAGUCUCAAUACCAUCAGUCUCAAUACCAUCAGUCUCAAUACCAUCAGUCUCAAUACCAUCAGUCUCAAUACCAUCAGUCUCAAUACCAUCAGUCUCAAUACCAUCAGUCUCAAUACCAUCAGUCUCAAUACCAUCAGUCUCAAUACCAUCAGUCUCAAUACCAUCAGUCUCAAUACCAUCAGUCUCAAUACCAUCAGUCUCAAUACCAUCAGUCUCAAUACCAUCAGUCUCAAUACCAUCAGUCCCCCUCUCGUUUAAUUUACGAGUUUUUGUUAUCAGUCCUUUUUUUUUUCUUUUAUAUAGUAAAACAUGCAAAGUCGCAAGUAUACAAAUGUAUUAAGAUUUUUUAAAAUCUUUCUGUACAAAGCAGGUUGUACUCCCCAAGAUUAUUUUAAUAUUUUAUUGUGCUUCCCAGUAUGCCUCCCAUCUUAUUUAUCUAGGAAAUCUGUAUGGAAUUUGCACAAUUUCAAAUUAUACCAAAUUAGGAUAAAUGAUUUAAAUAUCAAGAAAUGUAUUUUUCCAUACAUUUCUUUCAGUACACUUCUCUCCUGGUUGCAUUUCUUUUGGUCCACAACACUAUACAAGUUUGGAAACUGCAAAAUUUAUUAAUAAAUGCUUUAUUUUUCUAGAGCUGAGAAAUAUAUAUAUAUAUAUACUAUAUAAUUAUUAAUUUUUUUACAUUUGAAAACUGCAUUAACAUAAAAAAUUAUAAGUAUCAUUCGUUCUCAAUUUUGUCUAUUUCAUAACACCCAAUCAUGGCAUGAGUUGAGGACACCUGGAAUAAGGUUUACACAGCAGCAAUAUAAUUUGCUUACAUUAAUUUUGCAGCCACCAAGACCAACCAGGAAACUUGAGACCAAGAAGGAAAACAUCCGGCCCAGAACUCACAAGGACAUUACACAAACCACAAAACCUUCAGCUCCGGUCACCAUUAGCUACAUCUCCAUUCUAGGAGGAGAUGAUGACAACCUGGAGUUCAGUUCACUUGCUCAGGACUUUCCAAGCAAAGCGUUUUUCCGUUCGCCAACAUUUCACCAAAGGCCGAUCCAAUCUUUUAGAUUUGAGCGCUCCAAAACCACCAUCAUUCCAAGCAAAUCUUGUUCAAAUAAAACAGUCCAGACCAGGAGAUCAGACUUUAACUUUGAUCUCACCACCAAUGGGGACAUUGCUCCGUUGUUUGUCUCAGACCCAGUUCUGAGCUCCGCUGGGCAAACAUUGCAAAGUAGAUGCCAAAGUUCAACCAGUGAGAAAACCCCUGAGCAACAGAAGAGUUAUAUAGGGGUUGACCAACCGGAUGAAAGCAGGAGAUUUAGUGCCACGUCUGAUGCAUCUACCCAAAGUAAAUCCUACACCAGUACAAGAUCUUCAGUUGAUCUUGGCCCCAAUGCCAAUGUUGAGGAAGAGCAGAAUAACAUUGCUGAAAGAAGGUUUGUUAAAUUAUGAAUAAAUUAACUCCUUCCUGAUGGCAUUGCUACUUCGUACUUAAUUUUUAUGUUCCUGUUAAAGGGAAGUAACUCCGUUUUGAAAUUGAUUUAAGUUAGUGAAAUAUCUUUUUUAAGCUGCUAAAUAUUAAUAAAUAUUAAGGAAUUAAGGAUAAAUGUAGCUACAAAUGAAUAAAGUUUAAUAAAAACACAAAAUUAGUAUUGAAAAAAUAAUGAACAAUGAUAAAAAAUAGAUUUGCUGAAAUCUAUUUAUAGAUGCACUAUACUAAAGCACAUAUAGAUUGAAAGUGACACAAGAUAAAAAGUUCCGGUUUUUAAAAUGAAAUUACGCAAAAUCAUGUCAUCCCUGAAAGGAAGUCUAGAGGGAUAUAAGAUUCCAUUGCUAUUUUAAAAUAAAAAUGAGAGAGGAGUGUCGUUAUGCACUGGGAUGCAUUUGGCUGCAUCCGUCAUAACCCCCAAAUGACACAAUUAGUCGCAACUGUUGGGUAUGAGUUAAUAUAACUCAAUGCCUUAAAUAAAAAUGCUUAAAUUAAAAACCUUUUAGUUACUUCUCUUCUUCUUCUAUAUCUUAAGGGCCCACGACAUAUUUACAACCCGGUCUUUGAUGCCUUGUUUUGUAAAAGGACUUAUAAAUGAACUUCAAAACUCUCUGUGAUUAAAGCUUGCUAAGUAUUCCAGUAAGGAUAAGGGCUCUUAAUAUAAUCACACAGUACAUUGGAUUAAUGUGUUAACAAUUUUUAUAUUUCCCUGGAAUUCUUUCAAAAUUUUUGUGCCAGGAAAGAUGAUGAUGCAAGUAGUUCAAUGUUCUACACUCGAUCUCGGACACCUGCAGAUUCCAGUUUUAUUGAAGCGCAGAAAAUGUUUAUUCAGAGAACAAACACAUUUGUUAACAGCCAGAGGUAAGAUGAUCUUUGUUGCUCUCCAAAGCUGGUAGACUUGUACCUCCAAAAACCACAGCGUAGAAGUGGCUGUGCAGUGCUUUUCACAUCAUCAAAUAUAUUUUCAUGAAAUGUGGUUCAUUUUUGGCUCAAUCCCCUAUGACCUGAUUUCAGAUAUACAGCUCCUGCUUUUCCAUCAUGCUAUGGUUGCAUUUAUCGCCUCAUAAAUCAUGCAAAGAAAUUAAUUUAUUGAAGUUGCUGGGACAGGUAUGAUCAUCCUUUGGCAUGACUACUACUGCUAGGAUGAUAGAUUAUUUAUUUAUUUUAGAUUUUAUUCCCCAGGUCUUUGAAGGCGCCAUGUGUUUUAGAGUUGAACCUUCUUGGCCAAUUGGUUUAAAAUCUUUAAAAAAAAUAUGAUGUCUUUAAAUACAAACUUUAAAAAACGCUUAGAAUAAUAGUUUUAACUUCGAAAGCAUUUUUAAAAUGAAUUUUAUCAUCAAUCAGAAUUUAUUUUAAGUCAAAAGAAUUUAAUUUUUUUUUUUAAUAUAAUUUUUAACUUAAUGAUACUGAAUAAGCUGAGACUUUUUUUUUCCAGGCCUGGUCGUAAAAAGAUAGACAUCAACAACAUUCCUAUCAACUUGCUGGAGUCGACAUCGCUGAUGAUACAAGAUAGGAAGCUUAUGCCUCAAAGAGCCAACAGCAAGUUCAUCCCACUGCAGCUCAGGGCUCAACCCAGCAACCUGACGGUCAACCAGCUCCAGAGAUUAAACACAACCCUGCCACAAACUAGUCG